AUGGGUUGUUCGAGCAUGGUUAACGUUUCAGGUUGGGAACGUUAUCCGCUCUACGAUGCGGAAAGCGUAUUCAGAAAAAAGCAAAACACAAAACACAAGGACAGAAACACAACAAAUGAUUCAGGAAAGUCCAUGGCUUGGGCUCCAAUGUUCAGAAUGUUGUGCUCGCUUUUCCGACGUUUAUUGUGCGAAACGAUCGUGUUCUCAGUGUGGGUAAUGUCGAGCCUUCGCCAAUACUCAACCGGCGCCUUGGCAACCGCAUUGUUACCAUUGCUGCCGAUUUCAUUUAUGUCUGAGACGUUUUACCUUGAAUGUCCGUUUUUUUAUCUACCCACAUACUACGUUUCGUGGCUGUGA